AUGAAAGUUUCUCUUGCAUCCCUUCACCGAAAUUGCAAGUGUGGAGUCAAGUCUUUUGAGCUUUGGGUAAGGAAAGAAAGGUCGUGGGCCAAAUCAUUUGUUGUUGCGGUUUAUGGUAUUGAAAAACCGUUGGGAUUGAAAGAUGGUCGUUUUCUUUUUCUUCUUAAAAGAAAAGGAUUAGAUAGUGAUGAGUCCGAUCAGUUACUAGUUUAUGAUUAUAUUACGAAAGAGUUGAAGAAACCAGAUAUUGAUGCUCGUGCACAAAAUGUGGAUGUUUCUUAUUGUGACAACAGAGUUGUGCUAGUUUAUGAUCUUAUCACAGAAGAAAAGAUGAUGAAGGUUCUUUCUUAUGUUGAGAAUAGUGCUCUGCUGCCGAAUGAUGCAAAAAUGCUGUCGAAUGAUGCAAAAAUCCCACAAAAUGCUGAACAAUCCAUCCUAGAAAUUUCUCAAAACCCUCAAAAAUCGAAAUCAGCGAGGGUGGAGAUCCAUAAAGAAAUCAUCGAAGAAAUACUGUCAAGACUGCCGGUGAAAUCACUCCUAAGAUUCAGGUGCGUUUCGAAACCAUGGCGAUCUCUGAUCGACAGCAAAUGGUUCAUCAAAACCCACCUUCAAAAUUCGGCAAGAAACCCUAGUUUAGCCCGCCACAAGGUUUUGUUGCUCAAAUCUGUCUCUAAACAAAUGCUGAUGCGACGGCCUGUACUCGAUAGCUCAGAAGAUCAAGCUCUAGAACUGGAAUUCCCAAUCGAUUUUGAUUGUAUUGUGGGUUCCUGCAAUGGACUGGUUUGCCUUGGAAGUAAUAAACAGUUUGUGUUGUGGAACCCAUCUACCGGAAUCUCCAAGAAAUUGCCUCCUUACGUUGACGGCUACAAGACGAGGUACAUAUAUUACGACAGUUGUGGGUUCGGUUGGGAUGAAUCGAGUGGCGAUUACAAGGUUUUUGCGGCUACGACUACGACUAGGAGUGCCAGGGCUACAGCUAUGACGUAUAGCUUGAAGCGUGAUUCAUGGAAGGAAGUGAAGGGUUGGGAUUCAUGGAAGAAGCCGAAUGGUAUUAGUAUACUUGGGGAUGGAAUGAGGAUGGGGAUGUUAGCAAGUGGGAGUCUUCACUGGGAGAGGUGUGAUAGACGAGGCGUGGUUGCUUUCGACUUGAAGAGGGAGGUGAUUGGGGCGGUGGAGCUGCCGGAGUGCUCGGAAGGCUUCCGGUGGUUGAUUGGGGUGAUCGGAGAAUGCCUUUUGGCAUACUACAUGCUCGAGGAUUCGAGUUGCGUGGAUAUUUGGAUGAAGAAGAAGGAGUCUUGGGAGAAAGUGGUGGUUCUUGAUCAGAAAUGUAAUCCUCUCCAUAUUUCUCCGGCCUUGGCUCCUUUUUGGGGUGGUGGGUUUUUGUUGAUCAAGAUUGGGAAUUUCUUGGUUUUUUGUGGGAAAGGGUUUAGCAAUGUGGUUUCGUUGAAAGAUUCCGAUGUCUACAUUGAAAGUUUAGUCUCGCCAUUAGACGCCUAG